UCGGGACUGAGGGACAGCUCCACCCCCUCCGCCCGCCUCCCUCCAAUCACAGACCGGGAAACGCGCUCACGUAAUCCACGGGAGGUUUCCGGAGCACGUGACGGCGGGGAAAGGGGGAAAGGGGGAAGCGGGACUGUUGGGUCCAUCGUCGGGCGAGAUGGUUCCUCUUCUGGUUUUGAUUCUGGUAGUUCAAGUUUUUGUUGCUGACUCUGCUCCGGCCGAGGAUGAGAUUACUCACCUCCCAGGUCUUGCCAAGCAAUCCAGCUUCAGGCAAUACUCGGGGUACCUCAAUACAUCUGAGAAUAAACACCUCCACUACUGGUUUGUGGAAUCUCAAGGGUAUCCUGAACGUGAUCCUGUGGUGCUCUGGCUGAACGGAGGCCCUGGCUGUAGCUCUUUAGAUGGACUUCUAAAUGAAAAUGGCCCCUUCUUGAUCCAACCUGAUGGGAAGACGCUCUUAUACAAUCCUUACGCCUGGAACAAGAUUGCAAAUGUGAUAUACCUUGAGUCACCAGCAGGGGUCGGAUUUUCCUACGAUGAUAACAAGCAGUACCGAACCAAUGAUACUGAGGUUUCAUUCAAUAACUACCUUGCCCUGAAAGAAUUCUUCCGACUUUUCCCAGAAUACAAGAAGAAUAAAUUCUUUAUCACUGGAGAGAGUUAUGGAGGAAUGUAUGUACCAACUCUAGCAGAGAGAGUCAUGUCUGACAGGGAAAUCAAUUUUAAGGGAAUGGCCAUUGGAAAUGGAUUAUCUAGUUUUGAGUACAACGACAACUCUUUGGUUUACUUUGCAUACUACCACGGGCUAUUGAGAUCUUCACUUUGGAGUGAUCUUCAGAUGUUUUGCUGUUCUGAGGAAAUAUGCAACUUCCACAACAAUAAAAAUAAGACCUGUAUGUCAAAGGUUAUGGAGGUGAUGCAUAUUGUAUUGUUUUCAGGGCUGAAUGUAUACAACCUGUAUGCUGAUUGCAUUGGAGGAGUUCCAGGCCAAGUACACUUUGAUCAAAAUCAGAAGCAACUGGUUAUUCAUAAAUUGGAGAACCUGUUUCCCAAAAGUGAAAUGAGCCUUUUAUGGAGGAAGAAACAGCAGAACAUGUAUCAGAGCUACAUGAAUGUGCGAUUAGACCCCCCUUGCACCAACACCACCGCCUGCUCUGACUACUUGAAUAACCCAGAUGUACGGAGGGCUUUGCACAUUCCACCGUUUGUGCAAAACUGGGAGAUGUGCAGUGCCGAAGUAUUUAUGAAAUAUCAAGUUCUCUACCGUGACAUGAAGGAUCAAUACCUGAAACUAUUGGCUGCCAGGAAAUACCGAAUCCUAGUGUAUAAUGGGGAUGUGGACAUGGCCUGUAACUUCAUGGGAGAUGAAUGGUUUGUGAAUUCACUUAACCAGGAGGUCCAAGUGAACCGCCGGACUUGGUUAUACAAAGAUGAGAAUGGUGAUCAGGUGGGAGGGUUUGUCAAGGAAUUUGCCAACCUUGCUUUCCUGACUGUAAAGGGAGCAGGUCACAUGGUGCCAUCGGACAAACCAAACGCAGCCUUUACGUUCUUCAGCCGCUUUUUGCACAAGGAGCCAUAUUGAGACAGGACCAAGAAUUCUAGCACAAAGCAUUAAAAUUAACAUUUCUGAGCAAGUGUGCACUUAGGUAGGGUAGGGGUUGGAGUGUGCUCUGAGGCAGUAUCCAAAAACAUUGAGUUAAUGUGGGGAGCAAUUUCCAAAAUGUCAGCUUCGCCCAGGAAAAAAAUACUAUCUCAGAACCCACUCCAGCAUAGUUUUUAAUGGAGAAAUAUUAAGCACUCCCAGGUGUCGUUGUACAAUUAUUGGCAUACUCCAGAGACUGAUCUGCCUGCAAUUAUGGAUAUACUCUGCAAUCAAAAUCUAUUUCUUGAUCUUGUUCAGAAGCCUAAAUGAAUGUAAUCUAGAUGAUGGUUUAUCUGAUUGAGAGAAUGAAUGAUAUUAUAAUUUCAAAUGAACUGCAAAUUCCUUUGUAUCAAAACAAUGAGGCAAAUUUCUUGCAAGAAGUGUAAAUUUAAUGUAUGAAAAGGAAAUCAUGAUUUCAAGUUAGCUUUAAGGUUCAUGCCACUAAACUAUGUUUGCAUUUCUGAUAUUAGCAAGCACAAAUCAUUUAACAACUGCUAAAUGUUCUCCUGUAAAUCUGGACCAUAGGAAAACUCUUAAUGUACUAUCAGACCCACACUUUUUGUUUUAAUUUUAUAAUUUUACUCUCUUAAUUUUAUUAAGAGGUGCCGAUGUUUACUACCUUUUGAUAAAGUGUUUUCCCAAUUUGAAUACACAAGAAGUUGUGACAUUGUCUGAAAGAGCGAAGGUAAUAUUUUCAGUACUAACGCAAACCAAUUAGUUAUCUACUUGAAAACGAGAGUCUGUGGGGAAUAAGGUGAUUAUUUUUUUUCAUAUAUUGCUAGCUCAGGUUUGAUAAGGUGAUCAGUUUUUCGGCACAUCUUAAUUGGAUGAAAUUGAUUUAUUUUUGAUGUGGUUUCCUCUUUUAGAAAAUGAGGAAGAAUAUUGGUAUCAUUCAGAUAAUGGAACGGUGAAGCAGACACUGCCUUAUUGAAGGCUUUCUUCUAGUUCCAGGGUUUCAGCUUCUCAUUAUUUUUCCUCUCUAACAGCUUUACCUAUUCUGUAGUUUUCAUUGCUUGGCUCCCCAGCAUGAAAUUCAAGUUGGUUAAUGUCUUGGUCCUUAAUCUCAAGAUGAAGUUGAGUGCCAAGAGCCACCACUUUCUCCUUCACAUCUUUUAAUGUCUUGGAAAGGCUUGAGAAACCAUCAACAAAGUUGGGACAAACUUUCUUCCAAGCACAACUCAUUUGUUUGCUUUAGCUCAGUCCAUGCAUCUGCAGUAUUCCUUACUGCAUUGUAAAAAUUUGAUUUCCAAAGUUCCCUCAGUCUUCUAUUGCAUUGGUCUUAGUUGCAGUUUACAUCUUGAUCAGUUGGCUGUACUGUUUGGUGACAAAUGGAUAAAAAUUAUCUGAAAAUGGAGGAUGCCCCUAGGCAUUAUCAAGUAUUAAAUAAAAUCUUGAAUUGUAAAUCCUUGGAAGCACAGUAUCUCCAAUUUUGGAAUAAAAUGGUUCAUAACCAGUCUUCAAAAAGAGCCAAUAUCACCCUAGCUGUUCUGUUGGAUUACCAAAUGACUGAAUGAUUUCCACAUCCCAAAGGUUCUUGGACUGAUAAGCAGGCAAAUGGUUAAGUCUGCAGUCUCCUGCAGCAUUUCCACCAAGCCAAUGGAUCAGUCUCUCCCACAACAGUCUUUUUCUCCCUUGUAGUGUAAAUUGGUUUGGGCCAUUACAACUCAGUCUCAUCCAUUUUGAAAACUUGUUCAAUAUAAUAAAUAUUUCUGAAAUUACUUGAGCCAAAGCAUCAAGAAAUUCACUCACUGCAACAGGUUGAGCACUCUAAUAUUAUGAACACUAGCUCUUUAAAUCUGUUAAACCACCCUCUAUUUGAAGCAAAUUCUUCACUUUAAUUACUCUGCAUUUUCAAAUAUAUGAACAGGCAUUUUGCUUUAUCUUUAAUAACCAUCAGGCUGACAGAUCUUCAAGCCAAAUCACCAGAAGAUUUUCCAUAUCAAUUAUCAAGCUGCUUUGAAAUGAUUGUAGCCUGUAUCAGGGCUGAUUCUUAACAUGCUCAAGAAUGAGUGCUUUGUCUUUUAUGAUGGGGUGUCAUUUUGAAUAACUGAAACCCAAUGUUUUGACAGUUUGCAAUGGCAUGUUCUCCCUUUUUGUUUUAAUUGUAUACAUUUUUUAAUUUCCAUUGUGAUGGUUUUCCUUUUGAAUGACAUACCAUCACGUUUGUCUUUCUUGCUUUUUGGGGGGUACUAUAAUGGCAAAAUACUAACAGUUACACGACAUGGUACCUGUACAGUAUAAAGAAUCUCAAACACUGUUCCCCAUAUGGCACUCUCAAGAUGGCUAGUGUUGUAUGGGAGGCUGAAGCUGUGUUACUGUUAAGUGGAUUUAUUCAUGCAACGUCUGAAGAAAACUGGUGUUGGUAAGGAUGAAUGUGUGUACAUAAGUCAGACAUUUGAAUUGAGAGCUUGUUUGUAUAGGUAGUCCAUAAAUCUGGUGUUGGUAUAUUGGCCUUCCCUUAAUUUCCCAGUAUUUUCAUGGAUUGGGCAGAGUGGAUCUAAUGUAUUCCAGUUUUUCCUAAGUGGAAGGAUCCUGCUUAAGAAACACCGAAUUGGGAAGUUAAUCAUAAACUGUCCCUUUCAUCCUUAAGAAACCAAGUGAGCGAUACUAACAUUUUUAUUACACAUUUGAAG